AUGUCUGUAGAAGAGAAGCUCAAAGCUCAGUUUCCAGACACCGUCUACACGGCAUUGGCACCACCAGACCGUCAUCCCGGCUUCAACUACAAGGGUUUUCAUCCAGGCCGGGUGACUCGACUCCCGAGAGGUCAUGUGAAGGAACCUGGGUAUCAGGCAUUCCCAGUAGAUGUGACUUGGGAAGAAGACCAAGCAAUUCCCAUGCGCGAUGGCAUAAAGCUCUAUGCUGAUAUAUUUCGCCCCGCUGAUGAGAGCGAGAGGGUACCCGCAAUCGUGCCCUGGAGUCCUUAUGGGAAGGUUGGGACGAGUACCCUAAACUAUGACAAUAUGGGGCCGUGGCGAAUUGGCAUUCCGUAUCAGAAUCUGAGCGGAUAUGAAACCUUUGAAGUGAGUAUCGCCAGACCUCUUCCAUCUCAAUUAAUAACGAUAGCUGAUUGUGCGAAGGGUCCUAACCCAGCAGAAUGGUGUUCCCGGGGCUAUGCUGUUAUAGAUGUGGAUGCCAGAGGGUCUGGUCAUUCGGAGGGAAACCUCAUGUGCUGGGGCGAACAGGCAGGCCUAACAUGUUCCAAUGACGGUGAAUGCUUUGACUAA